AUGCCAAGAUUUUCUGAAUGCUGGCGUUGUGGUAAAACAUCCGCAACUGUAAUUUGCCGUUCUUGUGCUGUCGCCAAGUACUGCAGUAACAAAUGCAAAGAAAACGACAUCGCAAGGCACAAUGACGCUGAAUGUCGCCCAGUAUCUAUCAGAAAUACUUGUUUAUCAUGCGGUACAAUCGGCAUAUCGCUACAAAAAUGUACCGGCUGUUAUCGUGCUUUCUAUUGCGACAGGACAUGUCAGAAGAAACAUCGACAUGAACACAAGGUCGAGUGCAAACGCAUUCCAGAGAAGAUAGAAUCACUAGCCGGUUCACUCGAGCGAUAUUUCUUUCCAAAUGCUGCUCGAGAUUGUGUGCGGCAUUAUUACUGGGGCAACGUGCCUGCGUAUGAUUAUCUUAAUUUGACUGAAAACGAAGGCGUCGACUACAAUACAACUAUCAAUCUUUUGGUCUUUGGUGUUGGCGAUUUACGAAAUGUCGUGAUGACUUGUGCCUCGUUGCCUAAAAGUUUUACGAGCAAGGUCAAGUUUGCAUUAAACGACUCAGACAGAUGUGUUUUGGCAAGAUUGGUUUUGUUGCUCUACAUGAUGAUUAAAU